UAUAUCACCCUGGCUGUUGUACUCCCCUGUAUAAGGGAGAGGAGAAUCUGUGGGGAUUUUUCCAUCCUUUCAGGCAGUUCCGUGGGGAAUAGUAAUGUUUUCCUCUGAACUGUCCCUUCCUCCUGGGUGAUUUUCACAGGAAUAAGUAAGUACAGUACAAUGCCUAUAUUCAGUAGCAAGAGUAAAAUAAUUAAAAUAAAACAGCCAAUUGUUAACCCAUUUUGGAUGCCACGUUCUCUUCUGGGGAGACGAAUUCCUUGAACUCGAGUCCUCCAUGCCCGGACCUUGUCAGACAACAUGGUUGGAAGAGGACGUGGAAGUGAAGGAUCAGAGGCUUCCAGACAAGCUGCAGGAAUUCCGGGGAUUACUCCAACUGAAGAAAAAGAUGGUAAUCUUCCAGAUAUUGUGAACAGCGGAAGUUUGCAUGAAUUCCUGGUUCAUUUGCACGAGAGACAUGGGCCUGUAGUCUCCUUCUGGUUUGGCAGGCGCCUCGUGGUUAGUUUGGGCACUGUUGAUGUGCUGAAGCAGCAUAUCAACCCCAAUCAGACCUCGGACCCUUUUGAAACCAUGCUAAAGUCAUUAUUAAGGUAUCAAUCUGGUGAUGGGAAUGUGAGUGAAAACUUCACGAGAAAAAAACUGUAUGAAAAUGGUGUGGCUAAUUCUCUGAAGAGUAACUUUGCUCUUCUGUUAAAGCUUUCCAAAGAAUUGUUGGAUAAAUGGCUCUCCUACCCAGAGUCACAGCACGUGCCCCUUUGCCAGCACAUGCUUGGUUUUGCUAUGAAGUCUGUUACACGGAUGGUCAUGGGGAGUACGUUUGAAGACGACCAGGAAGUCAUUCGCUUCCAGAAGAAUCACGGCAUAGUUUGGUCAGAGAUUGGAAAAGGGUUUCUAGAUGGAUCACUUGAUAAAAGUACAACUCGGAAAAAACAAUAUGAAGAUGCCCUUAUGCAACUGGAAUCUAUUUUGAAGAAAAUCAUAAAAGAACGAAAAGGAAGGAACUUCAGUCAAUAUAUUUUCAUUGACUCCUUAGUACAGGGGAACCUUAAUGACCAACAGAUCCUAGAAGACAGCAUGAUAUUUUCUCUGGCCAGUUGCAUAAUAACUGCAAAAUUGUGCACCUGGGCAAUCUGUUUUUUAACCACCUCUGAAGAAGUACAGAAAAAACUGUGUGAAGAGAUAGACCAAGUUUUGGGGAAGGAUCCUGUUACCCCAGAGAAAAUUGAGCAGCUCAGAUAUUGUCGGCAGGUACUUUGUGAAACUGUUCGAACUGCCAAACUGACUCCAGUUUCUGCCCGGCUUCAAGUAACUGAAGGAAAGAUUGACAAAUUUGUUAUUCCUAGAGAGACCCUUGUUCUUUACGCCCUUGGUGUGGUACUUCAGGACCCCAGUACUUGGCCAUCACCAUACAAGUUUGAUCCAGACCGAUUUGAUGAUGCAUCGAUAAGGAAAACUUUCUCCUUGCUUGGGUUCUCAGGCACACAGGAGUGCCCCGAGUUGAGGUUUGCAUACACGGUGAGCACAGUACUGCUGAGUGUGUUGGUGAGGAGCCUGCACCUCCUCCCUGUGGAGGGGCAGGCUGUUGAAGCCAAGUAUGAACUGGUGACAUCCGCCAAGGAAGAAGCGUGGAUCAGUGUCUCAAAGAGACAUUAACAUGUUUUACAUUUGCCUUUGUUGAGGAAAACGGCCAUUUAAGAAAUCUGUAUUGAAUCCUUUUAUAAACCUAACUGUGUAGUGUAAACACAUAUUAGUACUUUAGUAAGUAAAUUUGGAGUUUUGUAUAUUAGAUUUUCUUAAUGUAUGAUGUACAUUUGUCUUAUCUCUUUCUAUGCCAUUCUUUGCAUAUACUUUUCUUAGUUUAUCUCUAAAAUUAAUAUUCUUGAAAAGAGAACUUAUUGCGUAGAAUUUGGAGAACAUGUUUUUUCUGAAUAUUCAUAAAAGAGAAACAAAAGCCUAUUUGUUUUCAUACUUCCAAUAAAUCACCUUAAAGGGAGGGAAAAAGGAUUUUUCAGAAUUUUAUUUCUUGGAUUAAUAUUUUUAUUUUCUGAGUAUAAAUUACUUUGUGUUUAAUCAUUACUAUUGGAUUUCAUAAUUCAAUGGGUAGCCUGUCUUAUAUUUGCUAUUUUUAUGCCUCCCCAGACAAUAGUGUUCAUUUCGUGAAUUACACAAGUCUUGUCUUGUUGAAAUGUUCUGAUCAUUUGGAAAAUAAUACAGUUGGUUUUUAAUGCCGAAGAGAGAAAAUAAAAUUGAGUCUUUUUGGUCCUUCUGUUUUGCUGCAAAUCAUAUUAGCACUAAAUUAUUCCACUAAUUCUCAUUGUGGAAAAAACAGAAUCCCUAAAUUUAUUUAUUAUGUCAUAUAGUUAACAUAAUGAAUUUAUUUUUUUGAAGAUUUUCUUAUUUUUAGUGAGAGGGGUAGUGAGGGAGAAAGAGAGAGAGAGAAACAUCGAUGUGUCAUUGCCUCUACCCGCUGCUGGGGACCUGGCCCACAACCCAAGCAUGUGCACUGACUGGGAAUCAAACCAGUGACCCCUUGGUUCUCAGGGUGGCACUCAAUCCACUGAGUCACACCAGCCAGGGCUGAAUUUAUUAUUAAGAAAUGAGAAAGCACUAACCAAUCCCCCCCAAAAAAACCCCAAAUCCCCAAAUUAAAAAGAAAACAAAGAUGGGUGAAAAUAAUUGCAAAAUAUUGGACAGAAAGGUUUAAUAACCAUAUUAUGUAUAAAGAGCUCAUACAUAUUGGUAUGAAAACAUACAAUUGAUAAAUGAAUAAAAGACAUGAAUAGCAGCUUUUACAGGAGAACAUAACUAGUAAACUUCCAGAAAAAAUGGUCAGUCUCACUAGUAAGCAAAAAAAAUAUUGGGGCUAUUUAAAAAUAUUUUAAGUAGCUUAUAACAGUCACAUUUUAGUACUGAUAAGUUUUGUAUUUAAUACUUUUUUAUUGAAGCACUGUAUUUUAGUUCACUUUUUUUUUUUUGGUUAUGCUGUUCUUAAAGACUUCUUUUUUAAAAAUACAUUUUUUAAACACUACAGCUGAGGGAAAUAAUGCCAAGUGCAGAUAGAGAGGAAAGGGAGAAAAAUGAAAAAUGUUGCAAGUGAGCUUAUUUUUGAAGCUGCUGAAUUUAAUUUGUGAAUUUAACUUGUAAAUUUAAUUUCAAGAAUGUACCCUAGUUCUUAAUUAUUCUUUUAUGCUGUGUUUGUGCUUAAAGAGCUAACAUUUUAGACCUCGUUAUGAGUGGUUAACUUAGAAUUUAAUUAGAUGCUGGCUUUAUUUCUGACAAAAAUAUUUAACUUAUGGAAUAAUUUAUAUUCAGAAACUUUAAGUCAAAUGUAUUCAUAGUUCCCAGCAUCAUGUUGUUUCUAAAAGGUAUGGUUCAAUAUAAAUUGUUACAUUUAUUCCCACCCAGGUAUCAUGGUUUUGUGGUUGUAGCACAUCUUCUUUUGUUGUCCAAGUACCUUCAGUGGUUUGGAAAUUGGCAGUAAAAGUAGAGAGUAGGCAAUUGAUACGUAAACCAAGUGUUAGUAAAAUCAGGUGAGAUUUCAAAGUAAGUGAGACCUUGUCAGCCAUGGUCAAGGCAGAAACAGGGCGGCCGAGAAAGAGCUGGCAUGUUGCCAACAAGUAAGGCCUUCCCUGUACAGUUCUAAUGAUGAUUGGAAUCAAGGAGGCAGAGGCCAGAAGAAUCAACUAAACCAGCACAUUUUAUUCAUAGUUACAUGACUAACUUAAAACAUUAAAAGAUCAUCUUCAAAAGGAUUUAAAAGAUAAAAUACUAUUAAUUACGUAUAAAAUAAGUUGUUCAUUCCCUGUUAUUCUUACUUGGCCCUUUGUGUUUAUCAAAUGACUGAUAUUUUAGCAGCCACAGUGUCACUGAUGGUUUGUAGCAUAACUCUAGCAGGGCUCUUAAGUUUUGUAGCUUUUGGGUUUUUUAAAACUAUUUGUUCACUGAUUGUGAUGUGCAUUCUUUUUGAUAGAUAGUUCAGCAGUUUAUUGUUAAAAACAUCAGCACAACACAUUUUUAUGGAAUGAAAAGGCUUUUCCAUAUGUGCUCAUAAAAUUCAAGUCCAAAUUAAUUCUGUACAUGUGUUUGGGAAAAAUAAAAACCUCAUAUGGUGUUUAUUUGGCCCACAGAUGUGCAGUUUCAUUUUUAUAUAUAUAGAUUAUAUUUCAAUUAUAGAUCCUAUGUCAAAAUUUGUUUUAUUUAUCUUAAAAUAGUUUAUAUUCUUAAAAACAAGCAUUCUGUUUUUUAUUAUGAAAGUUAUAUAAGUUUGUUGUAGAAAAAUCUAGGAAAUAAUAGAAAUACAAAAAUAGCAAACUUAGUCAAUGAUAGUCCCACUACUUAAAGUUAGUCAGUGUUAAGCUUUGAGAUAAAUCCUUCUGUAUUUUGUAUGCACAUAUUUCUAUAGACACACUAUAUAUACUGUUCUCUUCAUUUAGUAUAUUAUGAACAAUAGCAUUUUCUACAACUAGAACAUUAGUAUUCUUCUCACAGAGAAAGUAAGCCCAGAUUUUUGGCAUUCUUUUCUCUCCCUUCACAGCUAAUCUUUUUAUUCUUUUCAACUUUAAAAAUAUUCUUAUUUCUCCAUCUGUGCUAAUAAAACAGUUAUAUAUUUGUACAUCUAGGUUGCUAAAGUUAUAGAACAGUGUAAAAUGAACAAUUAAAAAAAGAAAUUACUAUCCUGAAGGAAAUCUUCAAUAUCAUUAAGUUCAAAUUGACAUGGCAUUUCAACUUUUAAGAGGAAAUCUUAAGAAUCUUUCUUAUUGUUUCUGGAUUCUGGGGCAAACAAAUUAAGAUUCUUCCCUGAAGGCAUCUUUAUUUUUUUUCUCCAGAUCCAUUAAAAGCACUGUUAACCUAUAAAUUUUUUCCCCAUGUGAAUAUAUUGACAGAUUGAAAACCACCUAAAAACACGAUUCUACCAUGUGUGAGACUGAGGACAGGACCAGUAGCAUCAAGGAGUAGUUUAGCAGCCUCGAGAAGAUGGCUGUGAGACAUGGACACUAUUUUCAAGGUCAGGUUUUAUACAGUGUCAACAAAUUGAUACCAGUGACCUUAUUUUUCUUCUCAGCCAGUCCUCUGCCCGUUUCCUAAGUUUCUAAAACCAAUGAUUGAGGUAGAAGGGGAGGAGUUGGGGAGGGAGGAUAUGACAACAAAGCAGUUACUGUUACUACAAAAGUCAGAGGAAAUCAGCACAGCCAAAAAGGCUGAAUAAUACAAUGUUGUUUUGAACUGUUGUGAGUGACCUGCAGUGAUAAAAAGGAGUGAGACUGAAACUUGCAGUAACAGUUCAGCUGAAAGUAGAACAAGGGACUGGCACGGGCAUUUGUUACAAACCAAGUGCGUACUUUAUAUACCUAUCUCAUUUAGUCCUUAGAGCGUAACAGUAGGUUCAGUGUCAGACUAAAAUAGUUUUUCACUCCUGCUAGAAUAAUUGAAGAUAGUAGAUGCUAAGAAACAGCAAGUAAAAGACCUAAACUUUAAAUUAUCUUAAUGUCUUCAGUGGGGUUUAUUGGUAUGUUUCUUCUUAUUUAAAAGGGAAUCAAACAAUAGUUUCACAUGAUAUACUGUUCAUAAUAGCUAAAGAAAAUUAUUAGUAGUAUUGUAACAGCAGUAUUAAAAGAAGUCAUUAAAAAGUGAACUAAUGCUGUCAACCAUCUAUACAACUGUUUAAAUUUUUUCCUGCUUACACAUGUAUUUUUACCUAUUGCAAUUAUAACAAUGUGGUUCCUUUUCACUUAAUGAAUUUUAACCAUUUUCUUUUGUUACUUUUUUGUAAGGGCUUCAGGGAAUAGAUGUUUUUGGGGGGCAUGAAUAGACUUUUAAAAUUGAAAUCAAUUUAAUGUUUGAUUUAUAGAAUUUUAUGACACUGAAUGAAUAGAUAAUUGUAAAAUUUGAAUUGGGAGCCAUUUUGUAAAAUAUCCAGGCAAUAAACAAAAGCUGGAAAAUGAUAUUUCUUUUUCUAGUUGCACUCUCCAAUUAAUGGGUUUACAGUUUGGUGGCUGUCCUUCCAGAGAUUGGGAGUGGAUCUUGUUAGAGCAUGUGAUAAAAUGCCAUGAGCAAAUAAGUCACAAAUAUAUCUUGUUGAGUAAUUACAAAAGACACACAUUUAUUUACAUUUAAAACACUUUCAGACCUGGCUGGUGUGACUCAGUGGAUUGAACACUGGCCUGCAAACCAAAAGGUCCUGGUUUGAUUCCCAGUCAGGGCACAUGCCUGGGUUGUGAGCCAGGUCCCCAGUGGGGGGAAUGUGAGAGACAACCAAUAGAUGUUUCUCUCCCUCUCCUUCUCCCUUCUUUUUCCUCUCUAGGAAAAGAGUAAAAUCUUUAAAAUAAAAUAAAAUACUUGCAAAUUCUUGUUUCAAUUUUUAACACAUGAUAAUAGUGAAUGAAACCGUGCUACCUCCCCAUUGUAACUAUAAAUAGAUAAAAUUGUAAAGUUCCAGUCUCCAAAAGGGCAAUAAAUAUGUUUGAGUAAAUGAAUGUAAAUUAAUGAAAUCUUCAUUGAGGUUUUCUGUGCAUGUAGAAUAAAGUAAAGGAAAUUAUUGAAGUUACUAAAUAGUUGAAAGCUUUCCAGGUAGCCAAACUACCUCUAAUGCUAAUAGUAUUUUGUGACAUGCUAAGCACCUUGUUACUGGAAGUUUUUAAGAAGAUGUAUGGAUGCCUUUCAGUGAUGCCUGUAUUAGGUGUGAACAUAGGUUUAUAAUAGCCAGUACUUCCAUAAAAUAUCAACCAAAAUAGUUGGUAAUAAGCACUCCUUUGUUCCUUCUGUAUCAUGAGAUCAUUAUUAAACCAGGAAAAGUUUAAGGAUCUGAGUCUUUUUAUUACAUUAGCGAGAACAUUCUUUCCCACAUUGUGUCUCAUGGAAAACUACCCUGUGGGGUACUCUGAGAAAAAGAUUGCUGGAUCAUAUUCAUUCAUACUCAGAUUCUCCAUACUAAGUUCUUUCUCAUAUAUAUGUAAUACAUGUUAAUACAGUGGAAGUGCUGAGAAGUUCUACUCUAAAGAACCUAUUUUACCUUGGUCUAACACUUAAUGUUCCAAAUGUAUUUGAUGAAAGUAUCCCCUCUCCCAGGCAUACCUAUUACACAACCAGUAUCUCAUAGAAGUAAUGUUCUAGCACAGCAGUUUUCAACCCAUGUGCUGCAAGAAUUUUUAAACCGUGCAAUAACUGACUAUUUAGUCAGGGGCCUCUUUUCCAUUAGACUGUCAAAUAAAAAGACAACAGCCAGCACAAUAGCUGUCAGUGUGAAUGAAUCAAAAUUUUACCUAUUUUUGUCAGAUUGGCAAAAAAAAAAAAUACAUGUUUUGGUGUGCUUCAGAAUUUUAAUAAUUAGUUUGUUUGUAUAUACGAUUGAUGAAAAAGAUUGAAAAUCACUGGUCUAAAACACAAGUACCAUCUACAUCUUCUGGGUGAGCUUCACCAGGAGGGAGACCUAGAAAUUUUCAUGUCCUGAAGCUUAAUAGCACUUGGAGCUCUUUCGGUCUGGGGUUUGGAAACAGCUCAAAGACCCUUUAGGUUAGUGGCCAGUAAGGAAGGACUUGUAGUUGACUACACCACAAAGAACACGGAGGCUUCUGUUAUAGGCGGUAGUGGGGGAAGAAGCAGAAGAACCAUUAUUUGUGUUAUUUUUAGUGUAUGAGCAAGAGAGUUAAACUAGGUAUCUUAUCAAGGAUAACUGUCAACGUUGACACUAAGUAGAAUAUUGGAGAACUUUCAGAGCGAGAAGAAAUAAAACUAAGAAUUGGUUUACUGUGUUAAAGAGCAGUGUUUGUUACUGUCAUUUGUAUGAAUUGUUGCUUAAUUAUACAGCAACACUAGGGGUGCUCAACUUUUAUGUUUUGUUACUUUGUGUUGGCAAGGUCAUCAGCUGGUAAAUAAUUGAUUUUUAAAGCUUAAAAGGACCAGGUAAAGAUUAUAUGGUAUGGCCUGCUAGCUAUCUAAAAAUUUAGAGAAGCCUAGGACUUCUGGGAGUAGUAAUGUUAUUAGGGUUUCCCUUUGAUUUUUCUCAUGUCCUUCCGAAAAUAUGUGUUUAAGUCUAUGUUGCUAUUAUAUUCAUAGGAUUUUUGUUAAGCUUUCAAGAAGAUGUAGAUUCAGAAGGAGUUGGGAAAUUAAAAAAAUAUAUAUAUAUUCUUGAUACAGAACCUUUGAGGGAGAUGCAAAUGUGUUUUGAAUGUUAAAUUUACUUAGAUUUAAAAAUACAUAACUGCAAGCAAAGUUGCCAUGACAACCUUCUUAAUGUGUGUAUAAAUUUUAUGUCUGUCUCUGAGGUUUUCAUCUUUCCCAAUACAGAGUUUAAUCACAAGAACUGGGCACUGUGGUAUACUCAUAUUUCUAUCUGCAUGGUGCCCUGUUGGAAUUAAAUCACUUCAGAAAAUGCAAAUCAAGCAGUAGGGCAGCUCUAUAUAGCACAGUGAUUCCACCAAGAUAAACGUCACUUUGUUUCCUCCAUGAUGAGAAAGUGAUCUGAUUUCAAACCCCAGAUGAAAUUUUAGAUAGAAGUAGAACCAUGAGUUUGUUCUGAGUUUCUGUUUUUUUCUUAUUCAGAGGAAUUACAGGAGGGCUAUAGGAAAUUUGGGAAAUUCUAGGUCAAAUCUCUCGGUCAGCCCCCAGACUGAUCCAGCCGCCCCAGGGUCAUCUAAAACUAAUCUAACGUUCUCUAUGAUGGCCCGGCAGGUGCACGUAGCCUGAACUCCAAUCCAGCAACACUGAAGUGAGAGCAUCCCCAGACUUCUUCUUUCACCCGACUUCAGAUACCCUUGUCUACCAACCUCUGUUUUGCAUAUCAGGGGCCAGGAUUUGGGAGACCCAAAGUUUGCAAUGAAGGAACCCUCGUCCUCAAUUCUGGAAAUACGAAUUUAUUUAGCACUGGUACCUUUUAGUAAUAGUACCCAUGACUUUUACUUAAGACCAUGGGUGCCUAAAAUUUUGAGAUGCUUGUUAAAAAGUGGUGUUUGUGUUUUAUAUUUCAGUUCCUUUGUAGUGCAGUUUUUAUGAUUUUUAUUAAUAUAUUUUAUUGAUUAUGCUAUUAUAGUUGUCCCAUCCCCCCCUUUAUUCCCCUCUGCCCUGCACUCCCCCUCACCUACAUUCCUGCCCCUUGGUUCAUGUCCAUGGGUUAUACAUAUAAGUUCUUUGCCUCUAUACUUCCUAUAUCACUCUUAACCUCACCCUGUUUAUUUUGUACCUACUAUUUAUGCUUCUUAUUCCUUGUACUUUUUACCCCAUUCUCACUCCUCUACUUCCCCACUGAUAAUCCUCCAUGUGAUCUCCAUUUCUGUGAUUCUAUUCCUGUUCUAGUUGUUUGCUUAGUUUGUUCUUAUUUUUGUUUUUUGUGUUUUUUUA